AUGGCUCCUACCUCCAUUUUAUUAGGUGUGCUUCUUCUCCAUGGUGUACACGGCCUCACUGGCAAACGAGGCAUUGCCUACAACAACAACAAUCCCUCCAAGGAUGCAGUCUACGCAAACUUGUUCAAAGGAGACAACAAGGUCUCGUGGGGCUAUGAUUGGGGAUACCCCUCCUGGAACCUAGAUUCCUCAUUCGAAUUCGUACCGAUGCUCUGGGGCCUCCCAAAUGGGCCUGAUGCAGACUGGACCGCAGCUGUGCAGUCUCCUGGAACAUUUAACAUCCUUGGAUUCAAUGAACCCGAUCUGACUUACGAUGCCUCAUCCAAUAUCGUACCGGAAAAGGCCGCCGCGGGGUACCUCACGUACAUCCAGCCAUUUGCGGGAACUGUACGAAUCGGAUCUCCCAGCGUGCUGUGGAACAACGUGGGAUCCUCGUCUGGCGGUGCCUACAAUACCGCCACCUGGACUCAGUACUUCUUGGGAAACUGCACAGGUUGUCAGUUGGAUUUUGCAGCGAUUCAUUAUUACCAGGACUGUGUUACCCCGGAGGGCCAGAAUGGGGCUGCUUGGUUUGAGGGUAAUGUCACAGAUGCGCACGAUGUUUUGGGUUUGCCGAUCUGGAUCACCGAAUUUGAGUGUUAUGGUAAUGAGGAACAGCAGAUUGCGUUUUUGGAACAAGCUCUUCCUUGGUUGGAUUCGCAGGACUACGUGGAGAGGUAUGCCUAUUUUGGUGCUUUCCCGGAAUAUCUCAUAAAUGCCGAUGGCACUGAGCUAUCGGAUUUGGGGGACGCUUAUGCCAACAUCUAA